GGCGCAGAGCGCGCGGUGCGAAAAAGGCGGGAAGGCGUCGGGCGGGCGCUGAGGUGAGCGCUGCGAUGGGCAAAAGGAAGAGCAGCCAGGCCGCAGGUGGUGCCGACGGGGAUGGCUGUGCUGCCAAAACCAGGCCAGGACUGCAGGGAGACGGGGGGACAACUGCGGACAGGGGGACAACGGGGGAUGUGACCGGAGGGGGCACAAAUGGAGGGGACACAAAUAGAGGAGACAGAAAUGGAGAGAGCACAGCUGGAAGGGACACAAAUGGAGGGGACACAAAUGGAGAGAGCACAGCUGGAAGGGACACAAAUGGAGGGGACAGAAAUGGAGAGAGCACAGCUGGAAGGGACACAAAUGGAGGGGACACAAAUAGAGGGGACACAGCUGGAGAGGAUGCGACUGGAAGGGACCCAAUUGGAGGGGACAUGACUGGAGGAGACACAGUUGGGGGGGACACAGCUGGAGGGGACACAAGAGGGGACAUGACUGGAGGGCACACAAAUGGAGGGGUCACAGCUGGAGAGAAUACAAGUGGAGGGGACACAAGAGGGGACACAAAUGGAGGGGACACAGCUGGAGGGGAUGUGACUGGAGGGGACACAAGAGGGGACACAGCUGGAGGGGAUACAAUUAGAGGGGACACCAGUGGAGGGAACACAGCUGGAAGGGACACAGCUGGAAGGGAUGUGACCGGAGGGGACACCAUGAGUGGAGGGGACACAAAUGGAGGAGUCACAACUGGAAGGGAUACAAUUAGAGGGGACACAGCUGGAAGGGAUGUGACCGGAGGGGACACCACGACUGGAGGGGAUGUGACUGGAGGAGACACAAAUGGAGGGAACACAGCUGCGGGGGUCACAAGUGGAGGGGUCACGACUGGAGGGGAUACAAUUAGAGGGGACACAGCUGGAGGGGACACCACGACUGGAGGGGAUGUGACCGGAGGGGACACAGCUGGCAGUGAUGCGAUGGCCGAUGGCAGAGGGAUGGACACAGCGCAUGGCGGUGCUACAGAGAGCCGCUCUGAGGAUGAAGGCUCAGCAGCCCCCCCUCAGCACCGCGUGGUGGAGGAGCCCACCCCCACCCCGUCACCAUCGGCACAGACACCCACAUCCUCCCAGCCCGAGGUCCUGCCAUGCCCCGAGGACAGCAAUGGGGACCUGGCACCACCCAGCCACAUCCUCAGGGGUGAGGUGGCACAACGUGAGGACGCCUCCACUGUGCUGUGUGGGCUGAUCCUCGAGCUCUCCAACCUCAACCGCCGCCUGAUGGGCGCCCACCGCGCAGUGGAGGCGCUGCGCCGACUGCGGCUGCGCCGGGAGCGGAGUUGGGGGGCGGCGAGGAGGAGGACGGAGGGGGAGGCCGGGAUGAAGCAGCGCCGACGGCUGUAA